AUGGAGUGCACAUCAACGCAGCUGCUUAGAAAUUUAGAAAUUUCUCUAAGGACUAAUCCUAUUGGUUGGGUGAGGUUAUUUCUGAGUGAACAGCACAAUGGGCUGGACAUUCUCGUUGAUUACCUGACCAUGACUCAAGAAUAUAUGAGAGUUACCAACUUCUCCUUCCGACGCUCGAUAAAAUCUCGCGUCCCCAAAUUUCACCACAACGGAUUUGCCAUGAAUGAUGUUCAUGUUUGCAUCAUGUGUCUCAGAGCCAUCAUGAACCAUCAAUACGGCUUCAAUUUGGUGUUUGGUCACGAGCAAGCCAUUAAUUCCAUCGCCCUCAGUCUUAAUCAUAAAAGUUACAGAACAAAGACACUUGUGUUGGAGCUACUUGCAGCCGUGUGUCUCGUUAGUGGGGGCCAUCAGAUGAUCCUAAGUGCCUUCGAUAACUUCAAAACUGUCUGUGGUGAGAUACAUAGAUUCCAGACUCUCAUGUACUACUUUCAACACUAUGAAGAGUUUCACAUUGAUUUCAUGGUAGCCUGUAUGCAGUUCAUUAACAUAAUUGUGCACUCUGUGGAGAAUAUGAACUUUAGGGUGCAUCUACAACACGAGUUCAGUCUGUUGGGUCUCGAUGAUUACUUGCAGAAACUACGUCACACGGAAAGUGAAAGACUGCCAAUCCAGGUCAAUGCCUACCUGGACAACACAAUUGAGGUGCAGACUUUGUUAGAUGAGUCCGAUCUGAAGACCGUCGCCCUAGAGAGGGUGUCUGAACUGCAGGAAGAAUUGACAGUACCAGGUGGUUUACCGACGUCAUCAUCGUCUCUUGCCUCAACGCCAACAACUCCAAAAUCUUUCGUUCCACCCAAAAGUCCAACGGCAUCAGCGUCAUCAUCAUUUGCACCUCCACCGAUGCCCCCUAUGCCCCCACCUCUACCCCCAUCUACGGUGCCCCUUCCUCCUCCUCUUGCACCCCCAUUCGGGGCUCCUCCUCCUCCUCCACCUAUGGGCUUGCCAGGAAUUACCAUUAAGAAAGCCAUCCAGCCGACCUACAGACUUCCAGUACUCAACUGGAUCUCCAUGAAACCCAACGAGGUCAAGGGCACCAUGUUCAACGACCUUGACGAUGAAAAACUAUACAAGGUCUUAGAUUUCAAAGAAUUUGAGGAUCUAUUCAAACUUGGAAACAUGGCGCUCCUGGACGUGGACAUGCCAGACACCGCGUCUGCAACCAUCAAGCCGAAGAAGAAACAGGAAAAAUUAUCGCUACUCGAAUCUAAUCGAUUGAGGAAUGUCGCCAUUACGAGAAGGAAGAUAGAAAUAAGGGAUGACGAAAUAGUAAAGGCAAUCAACACAAUUGACCUUCAGAAGUUGACCUUGGAGAGGGUAGAAAUUUUGAUAAGAGUGAUGCCGAACGAGCAGGAAACGAAACUGUUCAAGGAAUACGAGAAGGACAAGAAACCCCUGGACAUGCUGUCUGAUGAGGAUCGAUUCAUGAUUUAUUUAAUGAAAGUUGAGAGGUUGCCUCAGAAGCUGAUGAUAAUGAGUUUCAUUGGAAACUUCUUUGAUACGUUUCAUAUUUUACAACCGCAACUCCACGCAAUAUGUGAUGCGGCACUCUCCAUCAAGGAAUCUAAGAAAUUGAGAAAAUUAUUUGAGGUCAUACUUGCCUUUGGCAAUUAUAUGAAUAGCUGCAAGCGAGGCGCUGUUUAUGGUUUUCGAUUGCAGAGUCUAGACAUGCUGACAGAUACAAAGUCGAAUGAUAAGAAGAUAACUCUGCUUCAUUUCAUCGUGAAGAGUGUCAGGGAGAAGUUCCCCGACAUACUGACGUUCGACUGUGAGAUUAGGCACCUUGAGAAGGCAGCUCCAGUAUCCCUGGAAAACAUUCUUUCUGACAUUUCGGAGUUGGACAAGGGCAUGGAGCUGACCAGACGUGAGUACGAGCACAGGAAAGAUAGGGACGUUCCCAUCAUUUUAAAGGAUUUCGUUAGCAAUGCCGAUGACAAGAUUAAGAAACUGAAAAUUGAGGCUAAACAGGCUCAGGACAUAUACAGCCAGGUCGUAGAAUACUUCGGCGAAAAUGUCAAGACUCUCUCUCCUAGUACAUUCUUCAAUCUCUUCCUGAGGUUCAUCAAAGCGUUUAAGGUUGCCAGAUUUUCAUUCAUUCCUGAAGAAACAGUUGUUGGCGAGUUGAAGCAGAAGCAGCAGAGAAUUAGAGAAAAGAAAGUUUUAAACAGGGAUGAGAUUGGCCAUGGAACGCUAGAAGACAUUCUUACAAAUCUCAAGAGUGAACCUUACAGACGAGCGGACGCGGUGAGGAGAAGCAUGAGAAAAAAGAGCGACCUGAAGCCGGUCGUCAACGCUGCUGCCACCGCUGUCGUCCUCUGA